AUGCCUCCCUUCCGCAUGCCCUUCACCUCGAAGCGCCCGACUGCGCCCAUUGAGACCAAUGACGAGAACAUUCGUCCCAAUUCCUUUGACGGCAAUGUCAAGAGUCCUUACAGCAGAGACAAGCCAUCAUUAGCACUGGGAAUCAAGGAAAAGACGGUCGAGCCCAACGAGUUCAAAUUGAGUUCCGUUAACGACAGCGGUGAAUAUCUCCCGCCUUCGCCCACUGAGAAACCAUCCUUUUGGGCCAAAUCGCCGACCUCUGCAAACACCAACCAUCGCCAGUGUUUCAACGAUAACGAGGCGUUCACAAUCUCUCGCGAAUCUUUCGAGUCAUACCGAAGAUCUUUUGAUAUUUCUGGCCGCUCCCCAAUUCUUCAAGCCGACAGCUUCACUUCGCGCACGUCUCUAGAUUCGCGACCGGCGACACGCUUCCCCACGCGCUCGACACUAAGCAGCACUACAUUUGAGAGACCCUCCACCGCAGAGGCUCCGAUCUUUGAGGAAGUAAAAUUGAAUGAGGAAGCGAGCAAGCCACAAGAGCCCAAGAAGAAGAGUUUCCUGUCCCGGUUUGGCGACUCAAACGGUGAAACCAUUACCACGAAUGGGACCAACAAGGAGGAAGGCAAACACCACUUCCAUUUCCUCCCGGGACGGAAACGGGGUCAAAGCGGGACCGGUAAUGAGCUCGGAGAUAUUCAGCGGCCACAGAGCAGGGGUAAUGCGGAAGUAACAGUGCGAUAG